AUCUUGAUAAUUUGCGUUUUAUCGCGUUAUUACAUCACAGCGGGCUUAUUUUCGUCACUGGGUUUCAGUGUCAAGGAAGGUUUUUGCAUUUCGUUUUCAUUUAUCGUUGGUAUUUGUUGCGGUGAACAUGUCUACUGCCGGUAAAGUUAUAAAGUGCAAGGCCGCGGUAGCCUGGGAGGCUGGAAAGCCGCUCUCCAUCGAAGAAAUCGAGGUAGACCCACCUAAAGCCGGGGAAGUUCGCGUUAAGAUUACCGCAACCGGCGUCUGCCACACCGACGCCUACACCCUGUCUGGAAAAGACCCCGAGGGCGUGUUCCCUGUAGUACUGGGUCACGAGGGCGGCGGCAUCGUCGAGAGUGUCGGCGAGGGAGUCACCACCGUCAAGCCUGGUGACCAUGUUGUCCCUCUCUACGUCCCACAGUGUAAAACAUGUAAGUUCUGUCUAAACCCGAAGACCAACCUGUGCCAGAAGGUGCGAGUGACGCAGGGCCAGGGAGUGAUGCCGGACGGAACGCGCCGCUUCCACUGCAAGGGCAAGGAUCUGUUCCACUUUAUGGGAUGCUCUACAUUCAGUGAAUACACGGUUGUUCUGGAAAUUUCCCUGUGCAAAGUAGCUGACACUGCUCCAUUGGACAAAGUAUGCCUGCUGGGUUGCGGCGUGCCGACGGGAUACGGCGCUGCUCUCAACACUGCCAAGGUGGAGAAGGAUUCGAAUUGCGCCAUCUUCGGUCUUGGAGCUGUUGGCCUCGCCGUGGCUCUUGGAUGCAAAGCAGCUGGUGCUAAGCGCAUUAUUGGAGUAGACAUCAACCCUGACAAGUUCGAGGUCGCCAAGAAAUUCGGCGUUAAUGAGUUUGUCAACCCCAAGGACUAUGACAAACCCAUCCAGCAGGUGUUGGUAGACCUUACUGAUGGAGGAUUGGACUAUACUUUUGAGUGCAUUGGCAAUGUGAACACAAUGAGAGCAGCGCUGGAAGCCUGCCACAAGGGCUGGGGAGUGUCUGUGAUCAUCGGCGUUGCUGCUGCUGGCGAAGAGAUCAGUACACGACCAUUCCAGCUUGUUACAGGACGCACAUGGAAGGGGACGGCUUUUGGAGGCUACAAGAGCCGUGAUAAUGUACCAAAACUGGUUGAUGAGUACUUGAGCAAAAAGCUGCCUCUGGAUGAGUUUGUCACACACAACGUUCCAUUGUCAGAAAUCAAUGAAGCAUUCCAUCUGAUGCACGCCGGGAAGUCUAUCCGUGCGGUUGUCCACUUGUAGGUUUAAGGGAAAGUGUUCAUUAUUUGUAUGAAGCAUUUAUAACUGUUAUACUCUGAAUGAUUUUAAACUAAACAAUAUUUUGUAAUUGCUGGUCAAUAAAUAUUUCAACUAAA